AUGAGGACCCAGAUNUGCUGCCCGGACCUGCGGCUGCUGGAGGUGAAUGCCGAAAUCGAGCAAAGCACCCAGGAGUUCCAGCUGCCCAUUGAACAGCUCCAGGCUGCCUGUCCACAGCUGCAGGUGCUGCGUCUGCUCAACCUCACCUACUACCCAAAGCAGCCCCCCAGCUCUUCCCCCCCGUCCCUGGGCUUCCCGCAGCUGGAGGAGCUGUGCCUGGCCACCACGGCCUUCUCCUACGUGGACAACCACAUGCUCUGCCGGAUUCUGAGCACUUCCAGCCGCCUCCGUGUCCUCGACCUGCGUGGCUGCGUCCGCGUGACGCCCGAAGGGCUGGAGCAGCUGCCCUGCCCAGAUCUGGAGCAGCUUUACCUGGGCCUGCACUACAGUGACAGCAGCCUCUCCCGGCCCCUGGAAGGCAGCCCCCUCCUCACCUGGAAGUGGCGGCACAGCCUGCGGGAGCUGGACCUGACCAGCCAGAGCUUCAGCGAGGAAGACCUGGAGCAGGCCAUGGCUGCCUUCACCCAGGGAGGGGGAGAGGCGGGGGCACCGCAGCUGCGCUUCCUCAGCCUCACGGGGACCAAGGUUGCCCUCAGGACCGUCAGGAGCCUGAUUGCCAGCUGUCCUGCCCUCACCUACCUCAACCUCUCGUCCUGCCGCCAGUUGCCCCGGGGCAGCAAGAAGGCCUAUCGUGGUCCAGAGGAAAUCCGCCAGUGCUUGAGCCAGCUCUUGAGCCGCUCGGAGGAGGACCCAGGGACCCCAGCGGGGGAAGCUUGAGAGCUGCCACUCCUGAACUCUGGGCCAGCAAAGUUGGGAACACCCCCCUGCCCCCCCCCGUUUUCCAGGGUGGCUGAUCCUGAUUUGAAGGUGCCACCCCCUCCCCCCCCAAAGUGGGACCUCCCCACCGCAUCAGGAAGACAAAUUUCGAAGCACCUUGACUAGCUUUUGUACGUAUUUCUCUUUUCUAAUGUUUGUAGAUUCAAGUUUUGCCUGAAUAAAAGGAUU